GGCCACUUCCUGUUUCCGUACUCCUCGCGCUUUGGGUGGUGGCCGUUGCCUCGUCGGGGAUAACCGUUUGUUUUCUCCCCCCUCCCUCAGGUUUUGAAAAAAAAGAAAAAAGCAGCAGCGGAGGCGGCCGGGACACCCCCUUCCCCACCUUUCUCUCCUUUCUCGUCAGGGAAUUUCGCGGAGGCUCCUCGGCCCACCCAGGAAAGCAACAGGAGGAGGCCCCGAGGACCGGCACGAAGCAGCAGCGGCCGCCGCCCCGAUGCAGGCCAUCAAGUGUGUGGUGGUGGGAGACGGUGCUGUAGGUAAAACAUGCCUACUCAUCAGUUACACAACCAAUGCAUUUCCUGGAGAAUACAUACCCACUGUUUUCGAUAACUAUUCUGCCAAUGUGAUGGUUGAUGGCAAGCCAGUCAACCUGGGCUUAUGGGAUACAGCUGGACAAGAGGAUUAUGACCGACUGCGCCCGCUCUCCUAUCCACAGACAGUUGAAGGAGCGAAUGGUAAGGAUUUAACUCCCAGGGUGAAACAGCAACCUAUAUGCGAUGUGUUCUUAAUUUGCUUCUCCCUUGUGAGCCCUGCAUCCUUUGAAAAUGUCCGCGCAAAGUGGUAUCCUGAAGUGCGGCACCAUUGCCCCAAUACCCCCAUCAUACUUGUGGGCACCAAACUGGAUCUCCGAGAUGACAAAGACACCAUUGAAAAACUGAAGGAGAAGAAACUGACUCCCAUCACUUACCCACAAGGCCUUGCCAUGGCCAAAGAGAUUGGUGCAGUGAAAUACCUCGAAUGCUCAGCACUUACACAGCGAGGCCUCAAGACAGUCUUUGACGAAGCCAUCCGGGCAGUUCUCUGCCCCCCUCCCGUAAAGAAGAGGAAGAGAAAGUGCCUGCUGCUGUAAUGUCACUGCUCCCCAUCCUGCCCCCUCUCAGAACCUUUUGUGCUUUGCUCGGAACAUUGGAGCAUUCACACCAAUGCCAAGUUCUUCUGUCUAAAAAUUAGUUCUCUUCCAUUACUUUUUUUUUGAACCAAUCAAUUUCAUGUUCCCCUUUGUCUAAAGGGUUAGAUUUCUUUUCUCCUUCUACUAAAGAGAUCCUAAAAAAAGGUUAAACUUAUAUAAAAGCCUUAUUUUUCCCCAAGUCCUCUUGCUCAGAUUAAUCACGUGUUGCCAAAUUAUCUGCUCAUCUCUGUUGCAUUACUGUGCUUUGUCUACAGAGCACAAAACCUGUUUUAUAUUAAAAAAGGCAAACAAGCACCUUUCAAGAUAACUAAUGUGUAUUAGGAAUUGCAAAACUUUAUAGUCCUAUUUUCUCCCGGAUAAUGAAAUCAUUAGGGCAAACGGCUGCUGUCUUAACACAUUCAUCCGACUGAUGGUCAUUGCAUAGCAUCUUCGGUCAUGCCUGAGCAAAUGCAAUAACGGACAGCAGGCCAGAAUUCCCUCUUCCGAAAUACUUUCCUGCCUAUUAAGGACUGAUGCUCUUUGUGAAACUUCUUAACUUCCUUGACAGCAGUAUAUUGUGUGGGAUGGCUGCAUCGACCAAGAGAGGUUGCCCGACAGUAUUUGGACUCCUGUGUACAGAUCACUUUACACUACAAAAUAGUUGAGCUGAAUAGAUUUUCUGUUGUGCAGGGGGGGAAACACACAGUAAAAUGAAACCCUCAUUGCAACUAAGCAGUAGCUGAGGGAGGCUGGUCUUUACUCAUUUGCAUUUCCCAGUAGGGCAUUCAUGUACUGCAAUUUUAGAUUGGUCAUUAUUCCCCCCCACACACACUGGUUUUUCACUAGUGGCUUUUUUCCUUGUAGAUUCUCUUUCUAUUGAGCAAUAUAACUUGUAUUUUCAAAAAAAAAUGAUUAUAUUUGCUUUUUAUUUUCGGUAGGUUAGAAUGUUCAAGCAUAGC